CUUGUUUUUAGCAAAACAAAACACAAGAUAUAAAUUGUAUUGAAAUUAUUAUUAAUUAAUAAUAAUACAGCAUGGGAUGUGAUGGUGGUACUAUUCCUAGGCGUGAUGAGCUGGUGCGCGUUAAGCAAAAGCCAGAACAGAAAGACAAAGAUGCCGAGCGUGAAUUUCGUUGGCUGCAUUGCGCGCUGACUCAACAGCGUCUACAGGAGCCCAUUGUCAUGUGCACCAUGGGGCGAUUGUACUCCAAACAAAGUGUUAUUGAGCGCCUGCUGGAGAAAGAGAAGAUGCCAGAGGGUUCGGAGCAUGUGCGCAGCAUGAAAGACAUUAAGCAGCUGCAGCUGACACCAAACCCAGCCUUCACCAAUGAGGACAAGACCGAAGGACUGUUGGACACACGUCAUGCACCCUAUAUCUGCAAACUCAUUGGCCUGGAAAUGUCAGGCAAAUUUCGUUUUGUGGCACUCUGGAGCUGCGGCUGCGUCAUGUCGGAGCGUGCACUGAAACAGAUUAAAGGAAAAGCGGCUAGUACUUGCCCAUUAUGCCAGUUACCCUACAAUGUAGAAGAUGUUAUAGUGCUCAAUGGUAACGAAGAGGACUUAGAACUAAUGAAGGUAAAAUGCGAAAUGCGUGCAGCCAAACGCAAGUCAAAUAAAAAGGACAAGAAGCAAAGCAAGCAGACAGAAACUGUAGUGAAGGCAGAGUCUGCAGAGUCAAUUGAAGCCAGUGGCAGCCAACCAGAGAAACCUUCAACUUCUAACGGCAGCCAACCAGAGAAGCCUUCAACUUCUAGCGGCACCAAAGCAGAGAAGCCUUCAACUUCUAGCAGCAUUAAUAAUGCACCCAAAAUUAAGGCUGUAGCGAAUCCCAAGCGCUUGGGUGCUACAAAUGCUAUGCAGGAUCCGGAAUUAAAGCGUUUGAAAACUGAAUUUAGUGUGGCCAAAGAUCCCAAGGCUAGCGAUGUAUACAAAUCGCUAUUCACCACCCACAAAACGGACAAGGAACAGGAGCGCGCACACUGGGUCACCUAUAAUCCAUUUUACAAUUAGAAUACAUUUGUUUAUUAAGUCCUUAUAUAGCUAAUACAAUUUAACAAGUAUAGUUUGCGCUACAUUUCAAAUCAGAGAAUUUUUACU